CCACGGAACGCGCCUGCGUAAUCCGGGUCCAGGCCGCCGACAUUCCAGAGCCGCCUUCCGCCCCGCCCCCAAUUCCGGGGCGGAGUCCUCGGCCGCGCCGGCGCAAAGCGUCGCCGCACCCCACGCCUGCGCGCUUCGCCCGCCCGGCCCCAUCCCCCCCAGGUUUUUCGCGUGGGGGAGGGGGCACGUCGCGGCGAGUCACGAUGAUGGCGGCCACCAUCCUGUGGUGAGCUAGCGGAUUCCCUGCUUGUCUCGCCGACCCCCUCGCGCCUUCUGCAGACUCCGCGGCUGGCGCUCGGCGCGUGAGGAAGCACGGCGGCCCGAGUUCGCGGGGAAGGCCGCAGUCGCGGAGGCAGCGGCGCGGUCCGGGGCACGGGCUGGGGGAGAGGCCGCUCCGCUGGGCGAAUGUGACAAGCCCCCACCCCCACCGCCUUCCUCCCCAGAGCGCGAGGAGCGCGGGCGACCCCGGGGCCCCGCCAGGCCACAGACCCCGCCCAGCGGCCAGCACCUGGCGCAGGCCCGGCAGCCGAGCUGCGCGGCGGCACCAUGCAGGUCACCCUGAAGACCCUCCAGCAGCAGACCUUCAAGAUAGACAUUGACCCCGAGGAGACGGUGAAAGCACUGAAAGAGAAGAUUGAAUCUGAAAAGGGGAAAGAUGCCUUUCCGGUAGCAGGUCAAAAAUUAAUUUAUGCAGGCAAAAUCCUCAAUGAUGAUACUGCUCUCAAAGAAUAUAAAAUUGAUGAGAAAAACUUUGUGGUGGUUAUGGUGACCAAACCCAAAGCAGUGUCCACACCAGCACCAGCUACAACUCAGCAGUCAGCUCCUGCCAGCACUACAGCAGUUACUUCCUCCACCACCACAACUGUGGCUCAGGCUCCAACCCCUGUCCCUGCCUUGGCUCCCACUUCCACACCUGCAUCCAUCACUCCAGCAUCAGCGACAGCAUCUUCUGAACCUGCACCUGCUAGUGCAGCUAAACAAGAGAAACCUGCAGAAAAGCCAGCAGAGACACCAGUGGCUACUAGCCCAACAGCAACUGACAGUACAUCGGGUGAUUCUUCUCGGUCAAACCUUUUUGAAGAUGCAACGAGUGCACUUGUGACGGGUCAGUCUUACGAGAAUAUGGUAACUGAGAUCAUGUCAAUGGGCUAUGAACGAGAGCAAGUAAUUGCAGCCCUGAGAGCCAGUUUCAACAACCCUGACAGAGCAGUGGAGUAUCUUUUAAUGGGAAUCCCUGGAGAUAGAGAAAGUCAGGCUGUGGUUGACCCCCCUCAAGCAGCUAGUACUGGGGCUCCUCAGUCUUCAGCAGUGGCUGCAGCUGCAGCAACUACGACAGCAACAACUACAACAACAAGUUCUGGAGGACAUCCCCUUGAAUUUUUACGGAAUCAGCCUCAGUUUCAACAGAUGAGACAAAUUAUUCAACAGAAUCCUUCCUUGCUUCCAGCGUUACUACAGCAGAUAGGUCGAGAGAAUCCUCAGUUACUUCAGCAAAUUAGCCAACACCAGGAGCAUUUUAUUCAGAUGUUAAAUGAACCAGUUCAAGAAGCUGGUGGUCAAGGAGGAGGAGGUGGAGGUGGCAGUGGAGGAAUUGCAGAAGCUGGAAGUGGUCAUAUGAACUACAUUCAAGUAACGCCUCAGGAAAAAGAAGCUAUAGAAAGGUUAAAGGCAUUAGGAUUUCCUGAAGGACUUGUGAUACAAGCGUAUUUUGCUUGUGAGAAGAAUGAGAAUUUGGCUGCCAAUUUUCUUCUACAGCAGAACUUUGAUGAAGAUUGAAAGGGACUUUUUUAUAUCUCACACUUCACACCAGUGCAUUACACUAACUUGUUCACUGGAUUGUCUGGGAUGACUUGGGCUCAUAUCCACAAUACUUGGUAUAAGGUAGUAGAUUGUUGGGGGUGGGGAGGGAGGGAUCUAGGAUACAGGGCAGGGAUAAAUACAGUGCAUGUCUGCUUCAGUUAGCAGAUGCCGCAACUCCACACAGUGUGUAAAAUAUAUACAACCAAAAAUCAGCUUUUGCAGGUCUUUAUUUCUUCUGUAAAACAGUAGGUAACUUUUCCUAGGUUUCACUCUUUUUAGUGUACUAGAUCCAGAAACUUAGUGUAAUGCCCUGCUUUAUAUUUCUUUGACUUAACAUUGGUUUCAGAAAGAAUCUUAGCUACCUAGAAUUUACAGUCUCUGUUUCAUGGCAACACUGGAUAAUGGCUUUGUGAAAUUUAAAAAAUUUUUGUAGCGACUGUAAACAGAAAUGCCAAAUUGAUGGUUAAUUGUUGCUGCUUCAAAAAUAAGUAUAAAAUUAAUGUGUAAGGAAGCCCAUUCUUUCAUGUUGAAUACUUGGGGUGGGAGGGGAGAAAGGGAACCUUUUCUUAAAAUGAAAAUAAUUACUGCUAUUUUAAAAUUUCUUGAUCAUUGAAUGUGAGACCCUUCUAACAUGAUUUGAGAAGCUGUACAAGUAUAGGCAGAGUUAUUUUCCUGUUUACAUUUUUUUUUGUUUUGGGGAAAAAAUUGGUAGGUGUCUAAUUACUGUUUACUUCAUUGUUAUAUUGCAGUAAAAGUUUUAAAACAACCAUUGCAUGUUUGCUUUUGAUGUAUCCCUUUGUGAAAUUAGCACUUUUGGGGCCAAUGGAGAAAUGCAGCAUUUCACUCUCCCUGUCUUUUCCCCUUCCCUCAGCAGAAACGUGUUUAUCAGCAAGUCGUGAGUCAAACUGCUGCCUUUUUAAAAACCCACAAAAUGCUGAUUCAGUUCAAAAUUAAUGCAAAUGUUUCAAAACUGGGUUUCUGAUAUUUGUAAAUGUGUUUCUUUAUUAGAUAAGAGUGUAUUACCAUUAAAGUCAUUAGUAUAAUAUUGCUUUCAAAAAGAAAUGGUAGACAAAACUAUAAUCCAGCAUCUUUUAUUGCAUUGGAAAGACUGGCAAAGUCUUUUGGAAGGGUUGGGAGAUGUGGCUGGAAAGUACUUUGGAAAAUAUACAAUCAAGAUAUUUCAUGGCAUAUUAAAAGAAAAAUCUUAAUAGCA